GCAUUCAAAGAGGAGAAGAAAUUAAGCAGAUCCCAGCAGGAAGGAGCAGAUGGGGCCAAGGCAAAGACAGAAUCUGCUGCAGCCAUGCCAUCGGGUCCUGUAGCAGAGACGUUCCGAGUUAUUCAAGGGGCAGUGACUGAGGAGUACGUGAGAAGUACUCAGGGUGUCUUUCAGUUUGAGCUCUCCGGCCAUGGUGGAGGCGCUUGGUAUAUUGACCUGAAGAGCAAGGGUGGGAGCGCUGGCUUCGGAAAGGCUCCCGUGACAGCUGAUGUGGUCAUGAGCAUGUCGAGUGCCGACUUUGUGAAGAUGUUCACAGAUUUGGAGGCCCAUAAAAAUGAAAUGACUAAAAAACUUGUGACUGUUUUGCUACUGUGAGUAACUGGAGAGAAAGUUACAGGUUUUUUGGGUGAUGAUGAAUGGAGAGAACGGCUCCAGGA